CCGCGCUCCCGCGCCGUCGGGCCCGGCGCGGCCGCCAGCCCCGGCCCGCCGCGGCGCGGCCUCCCCCGCCAUGUGAAGCGCAGGAAGAUGCGGAGGCGCAGCCCGGCCGCCCGCGGCGAGGGAUGAGCCUAGACGGGGAGAAGAUGACCGAGGAAGCCUACCCUGACGAUGACAGCUAUAUUGUGCGAGUCAAAGCUGUGGUUAUGACCCGAGAUGACUCCAGUGGGGGAUGGUUGCCGCAAGAAGGAGGCGGUCUCAGUAGAGUUGGCGUCUGCAAGGUCACGUACCCGGAGGGCAAUGGAAGAAGUGGAUUUCUAAUCCAUGGUGAAAGGCAGAAAGACAAACUGGUGGUGCUGGAGUGCUUUGUGAAGAAGGACCUGGUGUACACGAAGGCGAACCCCACCUUCCACCACUGGAAAGUUGACAACAGAAAGUUCGGGCUCACUUUUCAAAGCCCCGCUGAUGCUCGAGCCUUCGACAGAGGAGUGAGGAAAGCCAUUGAGGACCUCAUUGAAGGGUCCACGACUUCCUCGUCAACCCUUCACAACGAGGCUGAGCUCGGCGAUGAUGAUGUCUUCACUAAUGCUACAGAUAGCUCCUCUAACUCCUCUCAAAAAAGGGAACAGCCUGUGCGAACUCUGGCUUCUCCUGCAUCCUGCGAACAUCGAAGAAUUUGCACUCGUGGACACCUUCAUGACCAUUAUAGCUCUGACCACUACCAUCUAGAACAAUCAGUACCGCGAUCCUACCGGCAUGUCAACUUCCCAGACGAUGAUGAGGAGAUAGUGCGCAUCAAUCCUCGGGAAAAGAUUUGGAUGACUGGAUACGAGGACUAUCGCCAUGCCCCAGCACGAGGAAAGAACUUUGAUCAUGAUGACAUGGACUCCUACGUACGUUUUGCCAAAAGCGAGGCCUCAAAACAUGAAUACACUUACCCUUACGUAGACAACUCGGACUUUGACCUGGGUGAAGAUAUCAAGGGUGCUGUGAUAAAGACUCAACCUGUCAAAUUCAAGCCCAGGCGGAAGGAAGAUGGUGAGAGGUCACGGUGUGUGUACUGCAGGGACAUGUUCAACCAUGAGGAGAACAAACGGGGUCAGUGCCAGGAUGCUCCAGACCGUGUCAAGACUUGCAUCCAUCGAGUGAGCUGUAUGUGGUGCGCAGACACUAUGCUCUAUCACUGUAUGUCCGAUCCAGAAGGAGACUAUACAGAUCCUUGCUCGUGCGACACCAGUGAUGAAAUGUUUUGCCUCCGGUGGAUGGCCCUUAUCGCCUUGUCUUUCAUUGCUCCAUGUAUGUGCUGUUACUUGCCGCUUCGGGCUUGUUACCACUGUGGGGUCAUGUGCAGGUGCUGUGGUGGAAAACACAAAGCUGCUGGAUGACUACAGAUGCAUUCAAAGUGUUACGUUUUUCCUGUAGUUCGAGGAACACGUUGGUUUCGGAGCAUUGAGGUCACUCAUUUUGAUGCAGCCACUGUGCCCGACAGCAUCCAGAAACCACCAGUUCGGAUCACUUCACAUUCGGUCAUCUGGGGCUCAUGCUGCAUUGAUUUGCUCAUCAAGUGUUCUAACUAACUAACCUACAGCAUAGACUUUUGUAUUAUUAAUCUGUAAUCGAAACAGACUGUCUUGUACAUGUUUUUUUUUGUUGUUUUUGUUUUUUUUUGUUGUUGUUGGGGUUUUGGUUUUGUUUGUUUUUUUGUUUGUUUUUUUUUUUUCCAGUUAAAAUGAGUUUGAGAAAAGAACUGCUUUAAAUGGUGGUGGAUUGUAGAACAUCUCCAGGUUGUGUCCGUCUUGCCUCCGCUUGUGUGGUACCAUCAGCGUGUUAGCAAGGUUUGGCAUUUCUAGAAACGGGGUGGUAUAGUGAAUGAAAUCUCACUUGGAAGAUAUUUUAACUUGCUGUCAAGUUAUUGUGUGUGUAUAGAAGGUGUGCUAGUAACAAACUUGUACCACAACACAGUAUUUCUGUCACUGGUUUUCUUUGGGUUUUUUGUUGUUUUCCAAAGCCAAAAUAGCCAUCUAAGCUGCGGUUUCUCUUCUAGAGUCCAUCAUCAUUUCCUUCAGCAAACAUCUUAAAUUAUUUCUCUGUUCAUAAAGCUCUGUGAACAGAAAGCAAGGCUCAGCCACCAUAGUCACAUAACCAUUGAGAAUCUGGUAGUUCUUACCUGUAAUCAUUUCAGACCACUACUUGAAAGGGAAACUUAAAUUUUAGGGUUUUCUUUUUUCCCUAAAUAACAUUGGAAAAAUAAAACUGUGUUUUCAGAGUUCUGCCCAAAAGAAAGGGAACUUCUUCAUUAGCCAGCCAUGUAAUAAUGAUCUGUGAAUAAAACACUAAGGUUCCAGUUGAGGAAAAUUGUUGUUAUGCAAAGAAUUACUAACAAUGCAACGUCAAAAGCACUAUUAUGGCAAUUCUGGGGAAAUGCUGCAUUAAGUGGUGGAUUAUAUGGAAAAUCAUAUUUGUUUGUUUGUUUUCUGUAUAAUACAUGAGCAUGAGAACAUAUGCGUCCACGGUAGAAACUACAUUUAGCAAUCUAAACAGGUAUUUAAAAUCAAGAGCCAGGAUGUUAACCACCACUUCCAUUUCCUGACCUGCGGUCCCAAUCCUCCAGAUGCUUACACAUGUCUUGACGUAUUGCACGUGCAGCUGGCGUCUCUGUGACUCUGUGUGUAGGAUUAAGCAUGUGAAUCUUUGCAGGAGCCAGACCGAAGCGUCUCCCUGGCUUUCCCCUCCCCAGUUCACCACCCAGAUUUAUCAAGUGGAUGCAUAAGGUGCAUACAGCAGGCUAAGAUUACUUUAAAUUUUUUUAUUUUUUUUUUAAAUGUCAUGUUGUCUUGUGUACAAGGCUUGUAAUUAGCUUGGAAAAAGAGUAUUUUUCUAAUAUAUUACAAGGAAUAGCCAAAUAAUUUUUAUUAAAAAAAAAAAAAAAAAGAUUUAGCGCAGUGAGCUCUAACUAGCAUAGUACAAUCCGAAUACUUUGAGGCAGCUAGGGAUUGGCUUGUCAAAGCUGGCACUGCUGUUCCUGCCAUAAUUUCUUUCUGCAGUAAAUUGCCAGUGGGCGCAUGUCCUUUCCCUCCCUCUAUUGCACAUUGACAUCAGUCUUAAAAGAGAGGAUUUUUUUUUUUUUUUUUAAAUUAAUUUGCCAAAUAAAUAUAAAAGGAACACUUGCCAUUCUUUCUUGGUGGAAUGCCCCAACGGUUCCUCUGAGAGUUAAUCACAGCUUUCUAGUCAAACAUGAAUUAAGUAUGCAAUGUGCUUAUACACUAUAGAGUUUGGUAGGCUUAAUUCGUAGCAGUUGCUGGGGAUUUUUUCGGUUGGGAAAAAAAAAGAAUGAUAGUGGAAAAGGGAUGGAGUGUUACACUCUGGGUGAUGUGUCUGGGUUUGCUGAAUGAAAUAUAAAUAUUUUGUGCCUAAUAGCAAUUGACAAAUCUCUCAAUGGUGUCUAGUAAACAUCAAGCCAGCCUCGGAAAAAAAAAUAUUAAUGGAACAACCUUUUCCUUCUUUUUCUGUUCUCAAAGUUGUUUCAUGUAAACAAACUUCUGUAAGAUCUUCUCUCUAUAAAGCACAACACUACAAAAAGAUCUUACAGCUUUUUGUCCGGUCUUGAAGUGCCCCUAUUUAUUUAAGUAAAGUAGACAUACUCCAAGCCUUUCUGUAUGUCUGGAAAUAAAAGUUUAAAAAAAAAAAAUCCCUCUUUUUUUUUUUUUUUUUUUUUUUUCCUUUUUCCUUCCUCCCCCCUUCCUUUCUUCCCCUCUUCCUUCCUCCCUCUUCUCUUGGUUUUUGUAAUACUUGUAGAUUUUGCUGCGUGUGUUAUUUGGUUUGUGAAGGCAGUGGUGUAAGGGCACAAUGAUAGAAAUGGGUGUUUUUUUGUAAAUAUUUCUUAAUUUCCACACUGCUGCUGAACAGUGUGUAGCGUUCUCCCAGUCAGCUUUGCAAUACUGACAUCAAUCAUUUGAGAGAAAUUAUUCAGAUUUUAUUUUUGUAUCUGUGGUAACAAAACAUUAACCAAAUUUUUUUUUCUGUUGUGGAAAGGAUUUUUUUUGUUUGUUUUUCCCAAGCUAUCGCUCACGUUAACAAAUUAAAGUGCCUGAAGCCUCAUCAUUAUUCUAUCUAUAUACUAAAAGUUAAAACCCUGUUGUAUUGAUUUUUAUAAGCCUUUUUACCUCUGUGUAAAAAAAAAAAAUAUAUAUACAAGUGUAUGAUGUACAUUUUAGUUCUUAACUUCUUUUUUUAUUGUUUCUAAUAUGUAUGAUCAGUGUAGCUAUUGCUUUAAAAUGUACCAUGUAAAUAUAAAUACAUCAUAUCAAAA